GUCAAUUACCUAUCACCGUUAAAUAGUAGUUCGAUAUAAUGUCUGAAAAUUGUAUGCGCUUUUCUAGGGUAGCAUCUAAUUUCGACCUGGAUUUGUUUUUUGUAUAAGUGUAAGCAGUUGACAUAGUACGUUAAGAUGGCCUUUUUAGCGACUUCAUGAUAUUUACUCUUAAUACUAACCCAAAACUCUUUCAGAGACACAGAGUCAAAUGUGUGCUUCAAUAUCGAUGUACUCUGAAGAUCUAUGAAUGCUUCGCAAAUGGAUUUUGUACCAAACCAUUAUUACUACUACCAUCCGGAAAAUAAUCUGACGAAGAUUUCAGAUUUGCCUUUUUGCCCUUGGAUAUUUUUAACGCUGGUUUAAGGGCCAAGCAAACCGAGUUGUCAUUCCGCUGUCCUUACGUAAACGUUUAUUGCAGCUCCUGCAUGACGGCCAUUGGGGUGUGGUGAAAAUGAAGCAGCUUGCUCGCAGCCACUGCUGGGGGCCGGGUAUCGACAAAAGCAUCGAGAACCUCGCUAAAGACUGCGAAAUCUGCAAAACGAACUCAUCUAAUCCUGCUUGCGAAUUCAGCAACUAGCCGGAGGCCGCACGACUUCGCGGGGCCUGUAUUUAAUCAUAUGUGGCUAGUAUGUGUAGAUGCAUACUCGCAAUAUCCCUAUGUGAGACAGCUGAAAACAACGACGACGACAGAUACCCUUAUGGCUCUAUCCGCCAUAUUCGCUAUUGAAGGGCUUCCCGAGACGCUGGUCAGUGACAAUGGGCCGCAACUGACAGCCGACCUCUUCAAACAAUUUUGCGCUAAAAAUGGAAUAAAACAUGUCACAUCAGCACCUUUUCACCCGGCAUCAAACGGAUUUGCUGAACGCUUUGUUCGCACUUUCAAAACGGCAAUGGUCAAGAAUUUGAAAGAUGGCUUGUCGAUUCCAGCUGCUUUGAUAAAAUAUCUUUCGACGUAUCGUUCAAUGCCCAACGCUGAUGGUAAGACACCUACACAACUAUUGCAUGGUCGCGCCGUUCGCACGUUGCUUUCGCAAGCACUGCCAAUCACUCAGAGUGAACCGAACAAAAAGGCCAACGCAAAAUUUAAACCCUCGCAAUUGGUUUACAUGCGGAAUUAUGCUCGCGGCCCUAAGUGGAUAAAAGGUUGCAUCGACAGAGUUCUGGGCAAAAUGGCGUACAUCGUAUAUUCCCCGAUGGGCUAUCAAAAACGACACCAAAACCAACUCAAGGAAAGAAACGAAGAUCGUCCCACAACGCAACCUUUUUUUGACGCCACUGUACAUAAACAUUCGUCUUGCGCUGUUAAUCCCGCUGAGCGUAACAUUACGGAGCAGAACACCUCUCUUCAUGAAUCGCCUGCAGCUGAACCACUUCGCAGAAGUGAGCGCAGCCGAAAUCCGGUUGAUCGUUUUAUGGUUGAGGAUUUUCGAAAAUAGAGAGUGGAGAAAUGUUAUAACGGGUGAUUUUUUAA